UGAUAAAGGAAUUAAAGAAAAUAUUUGUUUAUUUUUAAGGUCAACAGAAAGUUUAUAUUCAUUUUUCGAAGUAUCAGCUUAUAUUAAAGAAAAAAAUAGUAUAUUUAAUACAUCAUAUAUUGCAAUUAUUAGGCAUAAUGGAGAUUCUCUUAGUGGAUAUAUUGAAUCUGCAUUAUUUUUAUUUUGUGUUAAAAAACCUAUGAUAUUUGUUAUAUUAAAGGUUAUUGAAAUUACAAAAAAAUUGGAGAUAAAAAUUAAACAGAAAGAUGAGAAAAAAUGUGAAUUUAUGAUUGAGGCAUCUUUUAAUAAUAAGGAAUUAUUAUUUUCAUUUUCAAAAAAAAAUGUUUUAUACGAAUUUAUUAGAGAUAUACAUAAACAUAUACAGAUAUUAGACAAUAAAAGGUUAUAUAUUACGAACCAGAACUUUGCUUGGCUUUCGUUAUAUAAAUCUUAUGCUCCAGAUGGUAAUGAAAUGUUAUCUAUAUAUGAUGAUGAUUUUUCUGAAUCUUUAACAUCUUUGAAUGAUUAUAAUAAGUCAUAUUUUUCAAAAAAAAUUCAUUCUUAUAUCUAUAAAGCAAAUAAUUAUAGGAAAUUUAUGAAUCCAAAUGAAGAAUACUGGGUUUAUGAGAAAUUGAGUCUUCAAAGAUCAAGUUUUAUUGAGUCUCGUGAUUUAAGAAUAAAGAUUUGUAGUUGGAAUGUUAAUGGAAAAGAUCCAACAGAAGAUCUUUCCGAAUGGUUAUUAUAUAAGACUUCUAAUCAACGUAUAGAAUUGUAUGUAAUAGGACUUCAAGAAGUUGAUCUUAGUACUGAAGCAUAUUUACGCAAUGAUAAUACAAAGGAAAACUUAUGGGAUAAUGCAAUUAUAUCUGUAUUAGGAGAUCAUUAUGAAAAGAUUGUUUCUAAACAACUUGUUGGAAUUUUAUUGUUAAUUUACGCUCAUAAAAUUAUUUCACCCUCUUUAACGUCAAUUUUAACAUCUUUUGUUGGUUGUGGUAUAAUGGGAAUCAUGGGGAAUAAAGGUGCUGUAGCAGUUCGUCUUACAAUAUGGGAUACUGUAUUUUGUUUUGUUAAUUCUCAUUUGGCUGCAAUGAAAUCUCAAGUUGAACGUAGAAAUCAAGAUUUUCAUGAGAUUUGUCGUCGAUUACAAUUCUAUGAUGAGGAUAUGUUUAAGAAUAAAAACUCUAAAUCUCUUUUUGAUUGUGAUCAUCUUAUCUGGUGUGGUGAUUUAAAUUAUCGUAUUGAUAUGUCUAUUUUCAGUGUUAAAGAACUUUUGGAGAAGAAUGAGUUUGAUUUUUUGUUAGAAUUUGAUCAGCUUAAUAUUCAAAGACGUUCAAAUCGUUGUUUUGAAGGCUUUGAAGAGGAAGAAAUCAACUUUCCUCCAACUUUUAAAUAUAAAAUAGGAAGCAAUUGGUUUGAUUCAAGUGAAAAAAUGCGUGUACCAUCAUGGACAGAUCGUAUAUUAUGGAAAAGUAAUGCAAUUUCUUCCAAAAAUUAUAGAUCUUAUAUGAACAAUCUUAUAAGUGAUCAUAAACCUGUUAGUCUAGAAUUAGAUGCUAAGAUUGAAAUAUUGCUUUCUAAUAAUUAUUUGAAAUUAAAGGAUUUAUUAAUUAAAGAAUAUCAAAAUUCUGAGAAUAAAAGGAUUCCAAUGGUUAAUAUUUCACUUAAUUCUUUGGAUUUUAAGAAUGUCGCUUAUCUCGAACCAAAAACAAAAAUUAUUAAGGUUGAUAAUAUUGGUCAAGUAACUGUAGAGUUUGAAUUUAUUCCUAAAAAAAAUGAUAAACACAUAUGUAAAUCUUGGUUAUGGCCAUGUCCACGUUCUGGAAUGAUUAGUCCUGGCAAUUCUUGUUAUAUCAAUUUAACUAUAUUCAUAGAUAAUAUAUCUGUUUCAAAACUCAAUUCCGGUGAAGAUUCUUUAGAAGACAUUUUAAUACUUCAUUUAAAGAAUGGUGCUGAUUUCUUUAUCUUAAUUCAGGGUAUAUUCUCCCCUACUUGUUUUGGAAUGAGUUUAGAACGUCUUUCAAAUUUAAAUCAUUCUCAUAUCCUUCCUACUGAUAAUAUUGAUAAAUCUCUCAUCAAUUCUCAAAAUAUUCCUAAUGAAAUUAUACGAAUGACUGAUUAUCUUUUAAAUAAUGGAAAAAAUAUUGAUAAUUUAUUUUUUUCCUUUGGUUCUCCUUCAAUUAUGGCUGAUAUUAGAAAUGCACUUAAUACUCAAAAUGAAUUUAAAAAAUCUAUUCUUCAAAAUAAAUCAAAUCAUAAUUUAAUUGUCAUUUCUAUGGCUGAAACUUUCUUAUCUUUUUUAGAUGCUCUUCCAAAUUCUGUCAUUCCAAUUUCUUUUUAUAAAAAAUGUUUAAAGGCCUCUUUUUAUAAAAAAGAUUCUAUUAUGAUACUUGAUAUUUUACCAACUUUAAAUGCCAAUUUGUUUAUAUACAUAAUUGGAUUCAUCAGAGACCUUUCUCCUAAUUUUUCAUUCAAUUCUUUUCAAAAAAUAUUACUCUUAUUUUCUUCAAUUCUUAUGCGAUCUUCUUCUAAUAAAACGGAACAUGAUCUACAAAGACAAGUAGCAUUUUUAAAUUGGUUUCUUAUCGAUUCUUGA